GCGUUGCGAGAAGUCACGUCGCUUCCUUUUUGGUGUUUGUCAACAUCAGCUGUAAAUACCAAUCCGAAUCGUUUCUCCGCUGAUCGUCGCGGUAAAUCAUCGAUCGCUGGUCCUAGUUUUAUUUCCAAUCAGUGCGCUGGUUAUUCAGGAUGAGAAGCUGUUAACUUCGGAGUUCUGAAAAUAGUUGCUGGUGAGAUAACCUCGAAAUUUUUCUCCGACGGAGAUCACGCGAACUUGUUUUCCAAGAUUCCGGAAGUUUCGCAUCUGGAUGGCUCUUGGUUCCUUUACCUCGAUGAUGUGUUUUUAAUGUUCUUUAUCCUUCCAAAAUACUAGUUAUCAACGUGUAUUUUCGAGACUUCGUCUGUCACUUCCGCACUAUGGAGCAAUGGUGAUUGAUGAAAUCCCUCCACCGAUGGUCUUAAAAUUAACGAGUAGCUCCUACGAUACCGUUACCACAAAAAUGAAAGACAUGGCAGGAUGCUAGGGACGCGCCCUGUGAUGGAUUGGAAACAUCUCGCAGGGUCAUGGAUUCAACUUUUGACGAUCCUCUGUGCUCUCUCCCUAGCGCCGUCCUGGUGCGACUCCAGUUUGACGUGUAGCCCUGGCAUCGAUUAUGGAGUGACGAUCCCUCGCGGGGACAUCAUCCUGGAGGAAGGGCAGGAGCUGCGGAUCCGGUGCGAGCUGAACGUGAACCACGUGGAGGUGCAGGACAAGAACGCCUCGUCGCUCUACUUCGUGCGCAACGAGACGGAGGUGCCCGGCGAGCUGGUGCGCAUCCUCAACGAGUCGGCCAUCGAGCUCCUGGACCCGGCCCCCAAGCCCUCCGACAGCAUCUACUCCUGCCGCUUCCACCACGAGGACCGCGCUCAGUUCCCCCAGGGCGUCGGCAUCUGCUUGAACAGGGUCUCCGUCGGAUUUCGUCCUGGAAAAUAUCUUGUCACAAAUAUUUCCUGCAUAUCCUACAAUUGGCAAAACCUAACAUGCUCAUGGACACCACCGCAGAAUUUCAUCAAAACAGAAUACCAAAUAGUUCUUUACGAAGUCGGAAAAAGGAAUCCUUACUACAAAUGCCCCGAAACCACAAGAAGAGAAAACAGUUGUACCUGGAGCCAUUCCACCGAACCAAUGUACAGGCAGGCCAUCGAAAACUACAAUAUAACCAUAACAGGAAUCAAUUCUUUUGGGAAACACACUCAAUAUCUCGUUUUCAACAGCUAUGAACGAGUCCUUCCUGAUAAACCGAAACUUAGUGUUUUAAACAAAACUUCAAAUAGCAUUCUACUGCACUGGCAGGUACUAUUCCCUCUCGAAACAUUCCCUCCAGGGUUGAUUCAAAAAGUGGAGUAUCAACCUCGAUGGGAAUCACGUGACCCAUGGCAUACGGCUGACACAAGCUCCUUAGGUUUGAGAAAUGUUAACUAUACGUUUCAUCUCACGAACUUAAAGUAUGCCAACACACACUACGAUAUAAGGGUUUUCAUGAAAUCUGCCAAAGUGGAAGGUGAUUCUCUGUGGUCCGAGCCAGCUAGCGUCACUGUUAAAACCCUGCCUGAUGUUCCAUCCUCACCACCCAAAACAGAUGUUGGCACUUUUGAAAUUGUUCCUCGUGAUCAUCCGCACCAUGAUAGGGAUGUCUAUGUGUACUGGCAGCAAAUUCCUGAUUACAGUAAAAACGGUGAUGAUUUUGAGUACAAAGUAAUUGAAGUGAAAGAAGCGGGAAUCCCAAGAAAUAUACUGCCAACGUAUGUGACCAAAGCCUUUGCCAAGUUUGAUAGGAUCAGCAACAAUGCUCAUGAAUUCACAAUCAUCGCCUCCAACAGGAAAGGACGUUCUGUCAAUAGCUCCAAAGUCUUUGUUCCCAACAAAUUAUUCAUGCCUUCAGAACCUGUAUCAUUUACCAAGGUCGCAUAUGAUCAAGGCAUCUACGAGUUGUCAUGGAAAGCAUCUAACAGACAUCACUUGGUGGACAACUACACAAUCUUUUGGUGCGAUAAUGAAAGAGAGAGACCUUACCAGUGCGAGGGAAUUCUACAAUGGAUUUUUGUGGAUCAGAAUACAUUCAUCAAAAAUGUCACAGUGCCUGACAUCACGAAAAAUUACCAGUUUGCCAUUUCUGCAAAUUCUAAAGAUGGGAGCAGUGGUAUGGUGUGGGCUAAAUGUACAAUCAUACAUAAUAAAGUUAUCGGCAAAAUGAAUGAUGUCUGGGUACAAAAAGUCGGCUCAACCUCCAUAGAAUUAGGUUGGAAAUUAGAUUGUUCUGGCAGAAUUGGUGUUUUGCAAGGGUUCCGCAUUUUCUAUUGUCCCAUCAUCAACUUGCAGAAUCCAGAAUGCACAGAACCGCAACAAAAUACAACUGUAGGAGAUCAGUCAUCAGCAACUAUCCACAAUUUAAGACCAUAUAGAACAUACAGAAUAUCUGUGGCAGUUCUCACAAUUAGUGAAACUGGUGCGCUGAGUGAUCCGAUCUAUGAAACCACUCUCGAAGCAGCUCCUGAGAAGCCUCCGAUGAACUUGCGACUAGGGACAGUCACAAAUACAACAGCACACAUAUCUUGGGACCCUCCUCCUCCUGAAUCGCACAAUGGGGUCAUUAGCUAUUAUGAAAUUAAUUAUAGUUCCUUAACGUACAACACGUCUUUGAAUGAAACUGAGGCACUCCUCACCAACUUAAAAAGUCAUAAAGUUUAUUCUGUGACUGUUAGUGCUUGUACCAAAUCUUGCUCAAAACCAUCCGCCAGCUUGAAGUUCAAAACAAAUAUUGGAACGCCUGGAGAGAUACAGCAACCAAUCGUAAGGUUCACCAACAGCACCCAAGCCCUUGUUUCCUGGUUACCUCCGGCUCUCAAAGGAGGCAAUCUUGAUUUUUACGAUAUUGAAAUCAGUGAUGAUGACAGAAGAAAUUCAACUUUCAUCAUCCGCCAAGCUAACAGAACAGAAACCCUGGUGAGCUGUCCCAACGGCAAAACAAAAACGAAGGAAGUCAGAGUGCGAGCAGUCAACACUGAUGGCAAUAUGACGUACAUUGGACCAUGGUCCUCACCUGGUACCGUUGCAUGCAUAGUAUCAGGAAUGUCUCCAUUCAUGUUGGGUCUGAUUUACAUCUUCUUCUUCACAAUUUUUGCUGGCUGCGCCGUCUGGGCUGGAAAAACGAGUUGGUACCGCUGUGCAAAAAUGAAAGAUUUCGAUGUGAAACUGCCACCUAGUCUGAAUGCCAUCUGUGAUGACAAGAACAAGGAGCAGCAUGAGUGUUCCUUACCAAUGCAGAACUGGUCGGGACAUUCAAGAAAAGAUGAGCACGCGGCGAAAGCAGAAUCUUGUGCUGAUGAAGAGCUACUCCUCCAGAAGAAGGAAAUUGGCUCUGAAAAUGAUGAUGCUGCAGAGGAUUCAGAAAGCAAGCACGAAACAGUCUUUCAAGGGGACAGUCCUACUAUUUCUAACAGUGAUAACAAUCACAGCUCAACUAAAUCUGUACCGAAAUCGAACGAGAAUUACUCGGAUAAGAAAGAUGUUGGUGAGGGCUCCACAUCUAAAGGAAACUCAUCAGAUAGAGAUCUGACAUAUUGCAAAGUUGGAGGUGGCUACGUUUCGAUCGCCCCUAUAUCAGGACCUUCAUCGGCAUCUCAGCCUGCUCCAACGAUUAUCGAGAACCCAUAUGUUCCCAAUCACUUUGAAAACCCUACUGUCAGUAGUUACGUCAAAGCCUUCAACAUACCAAACCCCUCACAGCUGUACUGUCGAAUCGGUUUAGGUCCUCCCGAUAUGCAAACGAUGCCUGAUGCUGGAACAAAAUUACUCCUGAAUCCUGAGCCGAGGUAUGUCACUGUUGGAGAGAGCAUCAAGUUAAACAGGGAAAAGAAUUCCGUAUCAACUUAGAAAGUCUCACUUACCGUGUGAGUUGAAAUUGGUUUUAUCAUUGCCAUGUUCAGUGCAUCUCAGGCUUCACCAGCAAAUUAAUCGAUCUUGAUUUUUUAUUUGAUGCUCAUCUGUUUUGCUCAAAUUUAACUUAACCUUGUACAGUUCUCUAGCAAAAGCUCUUUUAUUUAUUUUAUGUUUUUCCUGAUAAAGUUCAAAGAUUUUAGUUGUCCUUGAGAUAUGAACGACCCUACUCCAAUAGUCUUUUUUCGUCUUUUUCUUACCUAAUGAUCCGAUCAAUGUUCAUUCUUCUGCCAGAAUGACUUCAAGUAGGAUCCCUUCCAAGCAGAAAUAUUUGGUCAUGAUCGUUCAGUACUAGCUUCACUCUUUCAGACUUCUUGCAGAUACCGAAUAUGUGUGAUCAGUGGACCACCAGACAAUGUGCGGAUUUAAGCAACAUGAUGUAUGUUUACACAUAAAAAGGUCUCAUAGAUCAAGAUUUGUGAAAGGAAAAUUAUUGGAAGUAACUUCUAACUGAAAUAUUAACAUUUUAACAUGCAUACAAUCAAACUCCCUGCUCAUGCAACAAACCAUAACCCACCGGAGUUAAAUUGCACACUAAACAACAUAAGGGGAGAGAGGAACACUGCUGUUGAAGUGCACAAUUUGAUUCAAGUAGACUCUUGCUUCUCUUGCGAGUAGGAAAUUCAAAUUUUUUGUAACCAAUGAUAAAAAUGAUAAAAUCUUGGUAUGGAGUUGAUUACAUAGAAGAAGAUAUUCCAGAAUGCUUACAUUUGUACCUUGUGUAAUGGUCCACUCUGCACCAGUCAUGUAUGAUGAAUCCUUGACAGCCUGGUCGACGCGAUUAUUGUGUUCUCAUUGGCUAAAUUACUGGGCAAUAGUAACAUUGUUUUUUGGUUCAAGAAUAAACCAAUUGAAAAAUGCAUCUAGGAGUGUACUCCAAAGUCAGCAACAAUUACUAUUAAAAAAUUUAAAGAACCACUCUAGGUUUUUGUGGUGUAAAGAUAACCAAUGUAUACUUUAAACAUGCAAAUAAAUGCGCUCAUAAGUUUUAAAAAGCAAGUUACAAAGUAAAGUAGCUGUGUCGAUCAGCUAUCAACUUAGUUAUUUGUACUAACUAAGUGACCAAAUAUUUCCAUAGCAUGUUGGUUACAAUGGAACAGUUCCCUUUUUUUUCUUUUUGAAAUGACCCAGUUUUGGAGACGAAAAAGUUCUAUGAACGAGAAUCGUGUAAUCCUUGUUGGAGGGUUUUUAUAGUUUCGAUUUUUUUAUUCUGUUUUAUUUCAUAAUGAUCAUUUUUAUUUUAGCUUUCUGCAAUGAAUCUCUUGUUCAUAUUUUAACUCUGAUGUUUUUAUUAGUUGUAUACACAACACAGAAGUAUACGUAUGUACAUUUUUGUAUAUUUUUCUGUUAUUAUUUUCAGUUUACAUGUUGUUCAAAUUUCACUGGGUGAGCACUUGGUGAGAAGAGCAGUUGUUAUAUUUCUGAAUUAAUGUGUAUGCUUUUCACUGUCUAUGAAUGUGGGGAAAAAGAAAUGAAGGUCAUUCAAAGAGACGACCCUACAACAGUGAAAACAUUUUUUGACAUGUUUAUCAUUUUCAAAUUUAAACUUUGUUUUUUCAUGAUCAUUGCUCACAAAUUCAGAACUCCUAUACAAAUUUUUGCAUCGUGUGAAAUACAUACUAUUUUUUAUUGUGAUUUUACAAGUAUGUUUAAGUCAUAGAAAUGUUACUUAUUUUUUUAAUGAUUUUGAAGCUAGCUUCUUUUUUAAUCGAUAAAUUCCGGCUCCCAACUUUUAUCUUUCAUUUUUACAUCAAUCCACAGAUUUGUUCAAACUACAAACACUAAAAAUGAUUCAUUGAAUACGAUUGCAUACUACUUUUUCAGAUUGUAUCUGGCAGCAGGGUAAUCCUGUUUAGCCCUUAGUUUUCUGUGCUAUUUUUUACUAAAAUAUUGUCUUUCGCCUAAUUUGAUCCAUCUUUUCAGUUUGAUUAUUAUGUAUAUAUCCUUCUGAUCAGUCGUUUGGAUGUAAAUCAAGUGAAGAGUUUCAAAUUCUAAGUGUGAAUUGUCAUUACAGAAAUUUUCAGAAGUUAAUGAUCAAUUCAUCAGUGAAUCAAUGUUGAAUCUCAAGUAAUAGUCUGAAUCAUAUUUUUCUGAAAUAUUCUGUGAUUAGCUUUCUUUGAGUUCCUCUGUAAUGCAGACCCAUGUCCAAACAUUUGGCCUCAGUUGUAUGAUUUUACAGUCUCUUUAGUUUUAAAGAUGUCCCUCUUACACGCCAAUCAGCGUCUCAUUUCAAGGUGAAUCUGUAGUGAGAGUAAGCAAACAUUCAGAUAUUGAACAAGUUUUUCUAAAAUAUUGGUUUUGCUUUAAAGUUGUGUCGAAAAUAGAAUCAAUCACGUUUAGAGGUACAUUUCAGCUCUUUCUUCCCCAAAAAAUCCAAUUUGCAAACCCUAAAAUAAUGCUAAAUGUAUGCAAACGAAAAAAUCAACUGUUAGAUUCGAUUAUUCGAAUGUAGUAUUUCACGUUUGUAUACUCUCAGCUUUAUUUUAAGCUUUACAACAUAAACACUUUAGUAAAAAACAGCUGAAGAGUGCUUCUAUGCGUAAUUAACUUGGUUUUUUUGUUGCUGAAAGUUUGAAGUGUAGCAACAUUUGUUCGAAAUCUUCAUGUUUGUUUACUUUUGGUGUAGACUCAACUUAGAUUUCUAAAUCAGUUACGUCAUUUUCUGUCGAUCAAUUCAUUACUCAAUUAUCAAUAUUUCUGAUGAAGCAAAUCAAUUAUGUAGUUAUUAAAAUAAUUUAUACAAUUGCUCAUUCAUGAAGAAUCUUACAUAUUUUGAUUUAAUCUCAGGUUCCUUAAGAGGAGAUUAAUGUUUCCUUGUCAUUAAAAAAAUGCAUUUAAAUUUUAAGAUCUAAAACUUUUUGCUUGCUUAAUGUCAAGCAUUUUAACCUAGUCAAUUUUGUGCUGAAUUGAAAUCAAAUGUGUAUCAAUAUUAUAAUUUUAUAAUUUUGUAAAUGCUGUACAUACUUGCCUCUGCUCUGUAAGUAUAGUACAAUAAGAAAUUUUCAGAUUAAUCCUUGCUUUUAAGUUACGAAUUUGUGUAAUCAAGCUUCGAGCAAAUUAAUGAAAAACCAUGAUCAAACGUUAAAAUAUGUGGGAAAAAAAUAGUCGGAAAAGUAGUCUUAAGGGCUGCUUCUCAAGAUGUUGUGAUAAUGUGAAAAAAACUCCAAAACACAGGGAAUAUUUACUGAUAUAAAAAAAUGUACUGCCAUGAAAUGAGAAGUAAGAAAGCUCAAAUAGAAUCUAUAUUCCAUUAAUCGAUUUAUUCCAUCCGAUAAUCAAUUUAUACAUUCAAAUAAUCAGUUUUUUUUCUCAAAUUAUCAAUUUAUUCCGUCUGAUAAUUAAUUUAAUCACUCAAAUAAUCAGUUUUUUCUCUAAAAUAAUCAAUUUAUUCAUUCAAAUAAUCAUUUUUUUUUCUUUUAAAUAAUCAAGUUAUCAUCAAUUCUGAUUAUAUUCAAGACAAUGCAUAUGAUCACAAGUCAAUAUUUUUUCCUAACUUCACAUAUUCAAAUAUGUAUUUUUUCAAAGAUUUUAGCAGAUCGUCCCAGAAAAGAAUGCACAAAUUUUUUUAAAAAAUCGGGAAAUAUUUAAAAAAGCGCUGAUUUCUGCUUUCAUCAUGAGAGAGGGCUUUGGAAUGUCCAAGUCUCUAUACUUCUCUAUCCAACGGUAUAUGGGUAACUACAUAUUAUAUUUACUUUCAGUAUACAAUCUGUUUCACCCUUCUAUUUUUUCAUGGUUUGUGUUUCUUUCUUGGCUUAUAAAUUUUAGUUUUGAUUUUUGUGUUAUUUUUAUGUCUUCAUUGUGUUCAUGCGCCAUUAUCAUUUUGUUUUUGUUUUUUAUUCAUUACUUUUCAUGUAAUUGUAUGAAAUCUUUCAGUGUAUUUUAUCAUUUAUUUUGGACAUCAGAUUCAAGCAGAUGUAUUUUUUUUCUUCUUUUUUUUCACUGAAUUGGUAGUGGAAAGUUGCUGAAAUCAGAGCACUGACCUCCAGUAAUUCAAAUCGUCAGCCACACAUCAAUCCUAAUUUACCUAAAAUGCAGGAUGCUUUAGGAUUUAAAGUUAAUUUACCGUCAAUUGGGGGUUUUCCCCCUUUUUUUUCUUAAGUCUUCAACUAAGACUAAAUGUUUUUCUUGCUUGAUGAAAAGUCUCAAUUAAUAAUUGCAAUGAUUAAGAUAAUAAGAAAGUAAAUCAAAAUCUCAAAACAUUAUAAAAAAAUAAUUUAAAUUUAACUUGCUACCAAAGCUACUAUUUUCCCCAGUAAAAUAAUUUUAUCAUUAGUCUAAUAUCAUUACAACUACCAAACAUUAAAGGUUUUCUGGAAAUUAAUUUAAUUACAAAUACAUGCAUGCACCUCUAGUCUGCUUUUAGCGUCACAGUGGCCAGGCAUCUCUUAGUAUUUUGGUUGGGAAACUUUUUGACAGUCUAAGCAUCUCGCUCAGAAUCAAAGAAUUCUAAAACAAAGGUCCACAGGAAAAAAAAAAGGUUUCAUUUUCAUCGAAAUAGCUUUCUACCAACAAAUUAACCACUAAUCCUGAACUCCUUGAAUUUUAAAAACGUAAAGUGAAGGUCAUAUUUAUGGAAUGUAGGUCAAUUCAACCUCUUUCAAUGAGAUGAAUAUGCAGAUCUCUACUCUUAGGCUACUAGUGAAGCAAAUCCUGUUCUCUCUUCUCUGAAAUAAAAACAAAUUUGGCUCACCAAAAUUUUUUUGGAAUGCCGAUUCUACUGUCUGCAGAAAAACUUAUGGAAUAUCUGUGUGCUCCUAAAAGUUUAUUGUUAAAUAAGAAUUUUUGUGCAGAUGGAUUUUCUGCUGUUGUCUACUAUUUUAAUUUGUUUUGUAAAUAUUAAUUUGCGUCAAUGGCGCUGCAUUAGUUUUCCGUGUACAUAGUUUUGGAUAUUAAUUAUUUAUAUGUUGUGAACCAUUAACUGCUUAACUGUUCAAGACUGUUUUUAAUGUUAGUGUGUAUAUGAACUGGUAGUCAAUGAAUGUCUGUCUGCUCUGAUAGUUUUGUAUCUAGAGUACAAAUCUUAUGUUUCAUGAAGGUUGUGAAAUGCACAUGCUGUAAUUUGAAGACAGGUUCAAGUCUUGUUGGAAAUUGUCCUUUAACGAGGGGAAAACUUUUUAAUUUGAAUUGGAAUGAAAUUUUACUUGCAAGCAUGCUCUUGUCCAAAAUCUUUUCAGAGCUGCAUCCUUGAAGUUUUACAUCACUACUAUGAUUAGAAAAGUGAACCAUGUAGUGGAGGGAAUACAAGUUUGUCGCAAAUUCAAAAAAUAAUUUUCAAGAUCAAAGUUUUUUAUUGAACAAAUUUUAAUCAGAGCUCUUAAUUUCAGACUAACUUAACUCAAUGCUGGCUUCUCAAUUUUUUUUGCACUUAAAGUGGUAUUCCCAACAAGAAAGGUUGUGUGGCCCUCAUCUUGACGAUGCCAAUGAACUAUGUGCGAUGGUCCGGGAUCUAUUUUUAAUACUUCUAUUUAAAAUACUUCUGUAAGGUUUUGCCUCAAUUUUGGAGUCAACAAAAUGGAAUAUUGAUAGCUAAAUGCAAAAAGUGUGCAUCUCAAUUGCAAUGAUUAAAAAUUUCCAACUAUGUUUCACUUCAUGCAAGAAAAACUAAUCAAAACUUUCCCUCGCAAUUUUGUGUGACUUCCAGAAUAAGCCAAAAAUUCCCAUAGAAAUUGUGGGUUGGUUUACCUUAAAAAAAAACAAAAAUAGCCAAGAUUUAAAACAUUGUUAAAGGAGAUGUGCACUUAGUCAUCAAAUGCUCUCAUUUUGUCAACGCACUGCAGGACAGUUGUAUCAAAUUUUUGCAGCCUAUAUGGACAGAACUUCUCAAACUCAGAAUAAUUUUUUGACACCUCUUUCUAGUACUUAAAUAUUUACUUUAACAUUUCUCUGGGAGUUCCUCUGAGGAAGUACCACCUUUUUCAUUUGACCAGUAGAGUUAAUUUUUUUUUAUUUAUUCGUAUAAUGAGCAGGCCUCCAAUCUGCAAGUAUGUGUGAAAUGUCAAUCUCUCUGAAGCUCUUUAUUUUUGUACUCAGCUUUUUUUCUUUCUUUUUUCUUUGUUAUUUUUGGAUGAUCAACUUACAAUCAACAGUUUUUCACUUUCCUCCACAGCGAAGGAAAUACAUCAUUUUAAUGAAUCUCUGCUCAAUUUUACAAAUGGAGCUUAUCAACCGAAUCCAAAACCCUGUAAUGUUAAUAUUAGUCCAAUGACAUUCUCAUUUUGUCCAUCCAGAUUUCAGGUCAGCUCUUUCUGCAGGAGCGUUCUGUGAAUUUUCUCCAUUAGAAUUUAACUAUUUUCCUCUUGUCCCACUGAUAUAUGCAUCACGAUUUUAAUCGAUUAUGCUCAUUAAUCGAAGCCUAACUUUGUAAUCUAAACUCGGAGGCAAUAAGGUCAAUAACUCAACUUUUUUGUCAAACCUGUCCUCAAAAUUGAUAGGUUCCUCUUUAACAUUAUUUCUGAUGUCACUUUUCUUGAAUUGAAACUGAAAGUGAUUCUAACUUACAAUUAAUUAAAUGUGAGAAUAAGCUGUAUGACCCCAUUUUAAUGGCACCAAAUCAAAAACGCUAUGAUUUUUCUUCACCUUCUUCAUUAUUGCACUGUGGAUGUGGAGUAUUUCAUGGGUUUACCAUGAAAUUAUUGAUAGUUAAUCAGAACUAAAUUAAAAUAGGUAACUUUUCAAGUCUGUUCAAUAUUGACCAAGAAAUAGACACUCACCUGUUAAGUGCUCAAAGUGACAGUAAGAAAUAAAUGAUCCGCAGCGAAUAUUUCUUUAAAAUUAUCUGAGAUCUUCCUUGAAGAUCAUACUAUAGCACUUGUCAGAAAAUUUGGCAGUUGCUUACUUUCGACUGUGAAGCGCAGUAGACUGUUUCAAGUUUCUGUGCACGGCAGCGGCGUUGCCUGCGGUCAGUCCUCGAUGGCAAUUGGACAAUUGCAACACAGUCGUUUGUAAACGGAAAGUAAACAACUACCAACUUAUCUGAAGCGAUUUCUACCAGCUCAUGAAUUGAUUUUCGACUCAGCAAAAAAAUAUUUUUUCAGAAAGUAUAUGCAACCUUAACAAUAUUUUAAAAGAAAUUCCGUAACUUUUUUCUAUUUGUAUUUUGGCAUCUACUCUUAAAUAGAUUUAUUCCCAUAGCUGUCUAUGAGAGUCAAUGAGGAAGGCUGGAGAUGGAGAGCGUUAGCGAUUUUUGCCCCAUGGAAUUUCCCCUUGAAUUCAGUUGUUACCAAAUUUUUUCCCCCUUGCCUUCUAUCCAUGAAUUGCUCAAUCAAGAAACGAAACGUACCUUUAUCCAAAGGGGAAAAAAUUGAUAAUUUAUUUUCAAUUUUUUUAGAAAUAUUUUCUUUUUUAAUUUUUAGUAGACUAAUAUUGCACGCAUUUUAUUAAUUUAUCAUCGUGUCUUCAUUUAUAUUUCAUACUUGAAUUUGUUUCAUAUGUAUUUAUUUAGGAGGUAUAAAUCUGAUGUUUAAUUUUUUUUCCAACUUUUCGGGCAACGGCCACAUUUUACCUCAUUCUUAAAUCACAUCCUUGUUAGAUAGAUGGGUCUAAUCUUUAUAAUGCAUUUAUGGGAACAUUUUUUUCUCUUUAAUUUUUCUGGAAGAAAUAGAAAUACAGCGAACUUGAUAUUUGGGUCGCACUAACUAGUGAUGAUAAAAUGCAUACUAGUUGCCUCUUGCGCAUCACUGAUGGGACCAAGGUGGAAGAGAUGGUGGUGUACAUCAACUCUAUGGAUUAUAGCAACCACAGUAGUGUUCUAAUCUGCCAUGCUAAGAGAGAACGCCUCAUGCGCCCUCAGAGAUUGCCAUAUUGCAUUUGAUAAAAUUCGAAUUUUUAAUGAAUCUCGUAAAUAUCUUUCAUCCAAUUUUCUCGAUAAUUUUAUUUACAAUUUUAUCCAAAGUAUUUCAAAGUUUGAAAAAAAAAUAUUCAUAACUUUCCCCAAAAUCAAAUAUAUUAUCGGAAAAAUUUAGGGAAUGUUCGAACGUUCAUACUUCAUAAAUUUAUUGCUGACCCAUUAAGUGCAACUUUUAAAAAAUUGUCCUGCCACUCAGAACUGACCCAUUUCCUUUUUAUUUUGUCUGAAAAGCAUAUCUGACAUAGCUGUAAGAUUAGGAAUGAAGUUGCCGUUGUCCUUAAGCAAGAUCUGAUGAAGCCAGUCUCCUCUGUAUAAAAUGUAGAUAGCUAAUGCCCAGUUGUUGUUUUUACCUGUUUUCUCUAUGUUCUUCUUAUUUUGUACAUUCUUGUAUAUAUUUUUACAUGGUGCUUACCUAAAAUUACAGUGUAAUAAGAAGUUCUCUAUUCUCUCAAUUGUAAUCAUCGUCAAAACGGAUUUCCACUAUAUUUUUAUCACUGUCAUUAUUUUUUACUCUUUGAUCAAUUUUGUUCUCAAUUAAUGAUGAUGAUUUUAAACUUCUUGACUGAAGAAUUGAAAAAAAAAAAUUGCAUAAGAUUUGGAAAAUUCAAGGCUUUUUCGGUCUUGCUUUUAGAAACCUACUAGUUGUUGUUUUCAUACUUUUAUCAAUAAAUUGAUCUAUUAUAA